AUGGCUGCACCAAUAACUGCUCCCGAGCCCGCUCUCGGGGCACCACAACUCGCUGAGGAAAGCGCUAUGGAGAAAGCUGGAUCUUCAAAGUCCUCAUCUCAAGACCAUGAACAGUUUGAAACUGGAAAAAAGCCGGACAGUAACCAGGCCAAAGGAUUCCUAGGAACAUACUUUCGGAUAUUCAAAUAUGGCGACAACUUGGACUAUAUCUUGUACGCCAUGGGUAUAGCAGGCGCUGUGGCAGUCGGUGCCACUCUUCCAUUGAUGACUGUGGUCUUCGGGUCUUCUACCACCUCAUUCAACAACCAAGCAGUGGGUCAAGGCACAGCAAAUCAAUUCCAAGAUAGCAUCAACCGCCAAGUGCUUUACUUUGUGUACCUUUUUGUCGGCCGUUUCGUCAUUGGCUACAUAGCGACCCUAUGCCUCUGUGUCGCUGCUGCUAGAACAACAAACUCUUUGAGGAAGGCAUUCCUGGAAAGCUUACUAAGAAAGGAGAUUUACCAUUUCGACUUGCAAGGCAAUGGAUCCGCUGCAACUCAAGUCACUACAAACGGCCACCGCAUCAACCAAGGUAUCGCUGAGAAGCUAUUCUCGCUCGUCAUGGGCAUCUCGCUUUUUUUCUCGUCGUACAUCGUUGCGCUUACCGUUCAAUGGAAGCUUGCUCUCAUCACGAUGAGCAUAGUGCCGGCGAUAGUUGUGAUUACAGGAGGCUGUAUAGGGCUUGAUGCGCCCAUCGAAGCCCAGAUUACACGCAUUUACUCUAGAGCAGCGACUCUGGCUCAAGAUGCUAUUGGAUCUGUCAAAACUAUCCAUGCAUUUGGAGCACAGCAAAAGAUUGUAGAGUGGUACGACGAAUACCUGCAAACAGCACACAACACUGGUAAGAAGAAGUCACUGUUGUAUGGCGUCCUAUUCUCCGGUCAGACGUUUCUGGUCAUGUCAGGUACUUCGCUUGCGUUCUGGCAAGGAUUUCGCAUGUUUCGAAGUGGGGAAAUUGGAGAUGUCGGCACUGUCCUUACAGUUAUAUUGAGUGUCACUCUUGGUGCGACCUCGGUCAUGCUCAUUAUGCCGCAGAUUCAGGCUAUCACGAAUGCAUCAUCUGCUGCAGCAGAGCUGUUUGCCAUAAUCGACAAGCCAUCUCAGCUCGAUCCUCUUUCUACAGCAGGUAUGAAGCCUGAGGUCUGUUCUGGAGACAUCGAGAUCCGCGACCUUUGCUUCUCAUAUCCUUCCCGACCCUCGGCCCCUGUACUACAAGAUCUAAACUUGCGUAUACCCGCGGGUAAGACUACCGCUCUUGUUGGGCCCAGUGGCUGUGGCAAGUCGACUCUGGUUGGCCUACUGGAAAGAUGGUAUCAGCCGACUUCAGGACACAUUCUCUUGGACGGUCAUGACCUCAGCACUUUAAACACGAAUUGGCUACGAAACAAUAUCAGACUUGUUCAACAAGAGCCGACACUGUUUCAGGGCACAGUAUUCGACAAUGUUGCUAAGGGUCUGAUCGGAGAGCAACUAGGCUUCACCAAAGAGCGGCAAAUGCAGCUCGUCCAACAAGCGUGCAUGGCGUCUGAUGCGCAUGUUUUCAUCCAAGGCUUUCCUGAAGGAUACAACACACAACUAGGAGAGCGAGCAAGUAUGCUCAGUGGUGGACAACGCCAGCGGAUCUCCAUCGCCCGAAGCAUUGUUGCUGAUCCGAAGAUCCUUCUGUUCGACGAAGCAACGAGCGCACUAGACCCUCGCGCAGAAAGGGUUGUUCAGAAUGCACUGAAUCGUGUUUCGCUCAACAAGACCACGCUAAUCAUCGCGCAUAAGCUGGCUACGGUGAUGGCGGCUGACAAUAUUGCGGUCAUGACGAGUGGAAAAGUGGUCGAGCAAGGCAGUCACAGCGAACUACUUGAGCGUGACGGGCUAUAUGCGGCUAUGGUUCGAGCGCAAGACCUAAACACGAGUUCGAGCAAAGAUAGCGAUGAUCUGCCGGAGAAGCCAACACAAACAGACACUGACGAAAAGACACUCGAUACUGCCGUUCAAAGUACAGAGCUCGCACCCGACACGAAGACGCAGAAGCAAGCAGCAAACAAGCUUGCUGCUGGCACUCUCAAUUACUCACUACUCAAAUGUAUCCUGGUAAUGCUCAGAGAGCACCCAGACCUGUACCCAUGGUAUUUUCUCAUGGGUGCAGUCUACCUCACUAUCGGAGGCACGCAACCAGCACAAGCAAUCAUAUUUUCUCGAUUGAUCAGAGUGUUCACUCUUACAGGGUCGGAAGCUAAAACGCAAGCCGAUUUCUAUGCUCUUAUGUUUUUCGUCCUGGCAAUUGUCAAUCUGUUUGGGUACUUCCUUAUUGGGAUAUCUUACAACACUGUUGGUCAGAUACUCACCCAUCGCUAUCGUCGAGAGAUGCUUGAGCGUAUAGUUCAUUUCGAUCAAGAUUUCUUCGAUCGACCAGAAAAUUCUUCGGGGGCGUUGACUGCUAAGCUGUCAUCAGUUCCUUCUGCAGUACAGGAGUUGAUGUCGGCAAACCUCGGACUCAUGCUCAACGUUGUGGUCAACAUCAUAGCUACCAGUGUGGUUGCAAUCGCAUUUGGGUGGAAGCUAGGCCUCACUUUGGUAUUUGCAGGACUGACGGUCAUCGUUGGUGGUGGAUACACUCGAAUCAGACUAGACCAAAGACUGGAAACCUCGACUGAAGAGCAGUUUGCAAGCAGUGCCGGCUUGGCUUCUGAAGCUGUGUCUUCAAUAAGGACAGUCAGCUUCUUGGCACUUGAGACCUCUGUGAUGCAAGAGUACAGCAAAACCUUGGAUGCUAUCGUCUCAAAGGUCAUCCGAAGUCUGAGUGUUACCCUGAUACCCUACGCCUUGUCCCAAUCAGCGGACUUUCUCGUCAUGGGACUUGGUUUCUGGUAUGGCUCAAGGCUUAUCGCACAAGGCGAGUACUCUACGACGCAGUUCUUCGUUGUAUUUCUUUGCAUCAUCUUCGGUGGUCAGGGCGCCGCCCAGUUCUUCGGUUACACAACCUCAAUCACCAAAGCAAAAGGAGGCGUUAACUAUAUCCUCUGGCUACGAACCAUCAAGCCGACCAUCUGUGAGACCGAUGGCAAUAGGGGCAAAGGCCCCAAAGGAAAUGAUGUGAGCAUCGAACUCGAGAAUGUCGACUUUCAAUACAAGCAACGUGGGACUGCAAAAGUACUGCGCGACAUCUCAAUGAAGAUACCCGCAGGAACAUACGCUGCGUUCGUCGGUCCCUCUGGUUGUGGUAAGAGCACCAUUGUUUCUCUUCUCGAACGCUUCUACGAUCCAUCAUCUGGCCGCAUUACGAUGAAUGAAGAUGAUAUCUCGCUCAUGUCGCCGAAACUCUAUCGAAGCACCAUGUCACUGGUGCAACAAGAGCCUCCAUUGUAUCUUGGCUCUGUCCGGCAAAACAUCACGAUCGGACUCAACUACGAGCCCUCUGAGGAUGAGAUACUUGAAGCCUGCCGUCAAGCCAACGCCCUUGACUUCAUCACUUCUUUACCAGAAGGACUUGAAACACCUUGCGGCUCUCGCGGUCUUCAAUUCAGUGGUGGUCAGCGUCAGCGUAUCGCUGUAGCCCGAGCGCUUAUUCGCAAGCCUGCACUACUGCUUCUAGAUGAAGCGACAUCAGCACUGGACACGCAAAGUGAACGAGUAGUGCAGCAAGCACUUGAUGAGGCUGCGGCGGGACGUACAAUUAUCGCCGUUGCUCAUCGAUUGAGCACCAUCAGACAUGCUGAUGUCAUUUUUGUAAUUGAGGAUGGCAAGAUUGCGGAGAUGGGCACGCAUGAGGAGUUGCAAGGACUGAGAGGAAAGUAUCAUGCCAUGUGUUUGGCACAGACACUGGAUCAAGCGGCUCCAUCGGGUUGA